CCCCGGGCUCCGCCCCCUGAUGACGUUGGGGUGCCCGUGGCGGGGGUAAAGCGGCCGAAUGAGAGGGCGGAUGUCGGCCCGGGACUGGGACCCGCUGCUGGAGGCUGGGGACGGUGAAGAUCCUGGCCCAGGACCUAUCAAUCUCUGCCAGUGCCUUGGCCUCCACAUCCCUCUGUGGCAUCGAAUUCCACAGCUUCACCACCCUCUGAUGGUGAGCCAUGGGCUGAAUUGAGCUGGAUUCGGCCCCCACCUCCAAAAUCUGCCUGGGCUGGAUACAUGGGCUGAACAAACUGACCCUUUCCCCCUCCAAUCCCCACCCCACCCCUCUGAACUGGGAGAUGCCUGGCAGGACCUCAGCAGAAGGUGAAAUAUUUGAACAGCAAGAAUCUGGAACGUCUGCUGUACAGGGGAAUGACCAUGUUGCACUGACCUUCGAUGAAGCACUCAAAGAAACUGGUUUUGGAAUGUUUCACAUGUUGCUGUUGAUCGUCUGUGGCUGGGCAAACGCCAGUGAUGCCAUUGAAAUUCUGUGCGUGUCCUUCCUGCUUCCCACUGCCCAGUGUGAUCUUCAUCUUGGCACAGCAGAUAUGGGUUGGCUUACAGCGAGCAUCUUCCUAGGUAUGAUGAUCGGGGGCUACGUGUGGGGGGCCCUUGCGGACCUGAAAGGUCGCCAGAGAAUUCUUGUGCUCUCGUUAUCAGUGAAUGGGGUCUGUGGAGCUGCAUCAAGUCUGGCACCUAAUUACUGGACGUUUCUAAUGUUGCGAUUCUUUAGUGGAGUUGGUGUUGGAGGUUCUUUACCAGUCAUAUUCUCCUAUUUUUCGGAAUUCCAACCCCAGCAUAGAAGAGGCUGCAUGGUCAGUGCGUUGGCCACCUUCUGGAUGGCUGGGAACAUCUUGGCAGCAGGCUUCGCCUGGCUAGUCAUCCCCAGCACCUCGCUUUCUUUCCAACUUGGCUCUUUGCAUUUUCGGACCUGGAGGAUCUUUGUGGUGCUGUGCUCGCUCCCCAGUCUGACCUCCGCACUGGUCUAUGCUGUGUGGAUGCCGGAGAGCCCCAAGUAUCUGAUGGAGACCAGACAGGAGGGAGAAGCCCUGCGCGUUUUCCAGUGGAUGUUUUGGUGGAAUCACCGCCGGACAGCUCGCUCCUUCUCAGUUCACCGGCUUUUGAUCCCUGCUGUUAGGAAAAGCAGCACCAAGUUUUACAGCAGUCGUGCUGGCUGGCUCACACACCAGAUACUGAAGGGGAUGGAUCCCCUCCACAAGCUCUUCUCUCACACACUCAGGUCCACGUCGACCGUGCUUGCCGUCAUCUUCUUCAGCAUCUCCUUCGGGUUUUACGGUCUGUGGAUGUGGUUUCCUGAGCUGCUAAAACGGAUAGAGGUCAGUGGUGGAUCUGCUUGUUCAAGCAACUGGUCCAGCCCAAGCAGCAAAGGUGUGGAAAAUGUCACCUGUUACCCAGUCAGAACAGCAGUUUACAUGGAAGGAUUCAUUUUAGCUGCUGCCAAUCUUCCUGGAAAUAUCUUCUCCAUUCUAAUGAUGGAUCUACUAGGAGGCAAGCUUUUGCUCUGUGCAAGCCUGUUUCUAUCAGGUCUCAGUGUGUUCUUCAUCUGGGAAGUGAAGACAAAAAGUCAGAGCUUGAUCAUGUCAUGUCUGUUCAGUGCUAUCUCAGUUAUUGCUUGGAACUCACUUGAUGUCAUUGGGCUAGAACUAUAUCCCACUCACUUGAGGUCAUCUGCCUUAGGAGUCUUCACUGGCACCAGCCGAAUUGCAUCCAUUUUGGGAAAUGUUGCAUUUGGACAGCUUGUUGAUGUGAACUGUACUGUGCCCAUCCUUCUGGUAGCAAUAAUGUUUUUCAUAGGGAGUGUGGCUGGCUUAAAAUUACCCAACAUCAAGAACAAGGAAUUAAGCUGAAUGAAUUUUUAAUGUGAUUGUGCCAGGUUAUGGCUCAUCUGGGAUCCAUUUGUUGCAACAAAAACUGCAUAGGCACCUUCUAUAUAAUUCUACUCAAAAAGGAACUGGGUUCAAGUAGCAGGAAUCAGGGAAUGGAGAAAGAGCAAAUUUGACUGGGGUCAAGAGUAGUAUCAGCAGGCAGCAAAAAGGAGCCGUGCUAAGUUAUAGGAUCAGUGGUGUAAAAGCAUUAUUACUACUUUGCCAAACAGCCACUGUUUAAGGGGUAGGAGAUAGGUUACAAGCAGUUGCACAGCAGAACAAUGGGUUGAAUGGCUCUUCCUGUAGAUCUGCAGUAAAACAGUUGCAAUGCAGAUUGUUCUGAUCAAAGGUUUGCAACAAGAAAAAUGAAACAAUUUAGGUUAUAGUCUUAUCCUACUGUAACACCUCCUUGAUGUGACUGGAAUGUUACUGCAUUGGUUUGGUAAUUCUUUAGCAAUUUCCCUUUUCCCAGCAUCCCAACCUCUGAUCAAACAAACUACUGGUUUUGGGUCAAAUUGUGCUGGCCGGUAAUUUUUGUUUUCUAGAAAUGAAACAUUUAACAAAGUACCAGCACCACUUUGUCUUUUACAAACAUCUAGCAAUUGAAGGGAAAACAAUAAGUUAUCUGUAUGAGUAAAGAAUGACAAUUCUUGUAUGCCUUGGCAAUAAGCUUAUUCAGUUGCACUGUGACUACAUUCACUAGAGAAAACUCACUUCCCUGUGCAACUGCACUUCUACAAGUGAUCUUACUUCUGAAUUGUGCCUAGUGUACAUUGUCAGUUACACCUUUGACAUCUAGUACUUGUGUAAAUGCAAUGUCAAAAAGGAACCAAUACAUGCAGUAUAUGGAAUUUGUAACUGUUUCAGACAAAAGAAUUAAAACCAAAUAGCUUGCAUUCACAUUCUGAAUAUCCUAGAGUUUCUUGCAGCCAAGACCUUUGUAGCCUGUAGACUACUCCAUUCCAAAUAAGCCCCACCCUAGAACAAGCAAUUGCCCACAACUGAAGUACUUACGAAAUGCCGCAGAUGAAUUUAAUAGUUAAAUUUAAUGCUGCACUUUAAAUUCUACUGAAGUUUUAAACAGAUAUUAUUUUUCAUUUGCACUUGUCCAAUGUUCUUUGAUCCCUAGAUUCACCAGACAAAUUAGAAGUUUAUCAAGGAAAAUUCAGUUUUGAUCAAAAGUGACUUAAAUCAUUUAGAAACUACUCAAUUUGUUUUACUAGUAAUACACUAACAGCAAUAAAAUCACAAUAUG